AUUAUUAGUCCGCCAUUUCCUCCGAACAUAGAACCAAAAGUUUUGGCACUAGAACUUUUUAAUAAAGGAGGAAAACGAAGCAAGAAGAUGCUAAACGAAUUCUUUCUUUUUCGUAAGGAAUUUGUUCGCGAACUUAAACGACAAAAUCUUCAUCCAAGACAAACCAAGGUAUCAUCACUAGCAUCUACGUCUUGGCACAAACAGAAACCAAGUGUCAAAGAUGAAUAUAGAAGAUUGGCCAGGGAAGUCGAGCAUAUAUUUAAUAUUGAAAGACAAAGAGAAGCUAAAGAAGCUUCUAAAGCAGAAUCCAAUGAAUCAUCUACAGAUGAUUCUGUACCUUCUCCAACAGAUCCUAAUAAUUUGCAUUUACCACAAUUAUCCUUAAGUAAUUCCGAUAAUAUGAAUACUUUUUUAAAUAAUCAAAAUAAUGUUAGGUUACCAUCAACUUAUCAAGAAUAUUUUUCUUGGCCAUAUAAUCAUAAUCAAUAUAUCCGAAAUGUCACGCCUGUUACGUCGUCGUCAUAUAGUAGACAUUUUACAACUACAAAUUACCUUCCAUAUGUCGACCAAGUAGUCGUACCUUCUCAAAAUUCGCAAGAUUAUUUUACACCACCGAAUUAUUCUAGAUAAAUUACGUAUUAUACAUGGCAAAAUAUGAAGAAAAUUUACGAAAUUUUUCAUCGAAAUGAUCAUGAUCAUUAUAUUCGACGAAUUAAUGAAAAUGCAUAUACUGUAUAUGCUGUAUGCAUAUUUACGAUAU